AUGGAUUGGAAAGACCCAUACAUUCGUCUUACCAGCUCCACUGGUAUAGUGGAGCUGGUAAGACGAAUUCUUCGUGGAAUUUUGGAUGUGACUCUUUUCUUAGCUUCUAGGAAUUUAGCUUUUCUAGGUGAAACAACACACGUGAAUGGGAAAGGAAAUGGAAACUUUCUUGCCGGUAUGAAGCUUAUCGGUCGCCACAACCCCGUCAUUGCAUCUCACUUGGAAUAUGUAAGACGCCAUCAACAAGAGUGCUCCAGAAUGAGUGCUCAUUACCUCUCUCCAUCGUCUCAAAAUGAGUUCAUCAAAGAAUGUGGUGGUGUUAUCCGAAGUGCAGCUGUCAAAGAAAUUCAUUACGGUAUCUACUUCACCGUUAUAGUCGAUGGUACCCCCGAUACAUCUCACACUGAGCAGAUAACCUUUGUUAUUCGUUUUCUCCUUUAUGAAAAAGAAACUAAUUGCUGGCAAAUCAAAGAACGAUUUUUGUGUGUUGAAGCUUUCGAAAAGAAGAAAGGACUCGAUAUAGCUAAGCUUAUCACUGAUGUGAUUGCAAGGCUAGGUUUAGAUAUUCAAAACUGUCGCGGUCAGGGAUACGAUAAUAAAUCCAAUAUGUCAGGUGCUUACAAGGAAGCUCAAGUCUUAAUAAGACAAAAUUAUUCGGAAGCUCUGUACGUUCCAUGUAGCGCUCACAAUCUGAAUUUGGCUGGUGUGCGCGCAGUUGAAUCAGCCAUUGAGAUCAAAGUAUUCUUUGGAAACGUCGAAUCUUUGUACGCAUUUUUGUAA